GGAAUCAACAAAAAUGAACUCUCUUUCAAAUUCAAAUAUAAAAACGCAUAAUAAUAAGCUUUAUAAGGAAAAUUCAGAGAGUUUUGGUGAUUUAUCCAACUUGUCACAAGCAUAUGUAUUGUACAAAAUAUCAGAAAGGGGUUUUUUGAACGUACGUAAUUUCAUAUCUGUUCUUCAACAAAAUGGAACAUCUUUCUUGAUUAAAAAGAAAAUAAAAGACUCAUUUCAUACACAAGGAAUACUUCCAUCUGAAGGAAUAAAAAAACAACUUAAGCGGCCUAGAACGAGUCAAUGGAAAUUUUUUGGUUAAAAGGGAAUUCUCACUACGAUUUAUCUCCUAAUUUCUGGUCUGCCUUAAGAUCACAAAAACAAAAAUGGAGAAAUAGGGCGAAUCGCUAUCGUAGGUCUAAACAAAAAU